AUGUCCGCGCUGCGUCCGCUCCUGCUUUUGCUGCUCCCUCUGUGUCCCGGUCCUGGUCCGGGACCUCGGAGCGAGGCAAAGGUCGUCCGGAGCUGUGCAGAGACUCGGCAGGUGCUGGGAGCACGGGGAUAUAGCUUAAACCUAAUCCCUCCCUCCCUCAUCUCAGGUGAGCACCUUCAGAUCUGUCCUCAGGAGUACACCUGCUGUUCCAGUGAGACAGAGCAGAAGUUGAUCAGGGAUGCUGAGGUCACCUUCCGUGGCCUGGUGGAGGACAGUGGCUCCUUCCUGAUCCACACCCUGGCUGCCCGGCAUAGAAAGUUUAAUGAGUUUUUUCGGGAGAUGCUGUCCAUAUCCCAGCAUUCUUUGGCCCAGCUCUUCUCGCAUUCCUAUGGUCGCCUGUAUUCCCAACACGCCAUCAUCUUCAAUAGUCUGUUCUCGGGCCUGCGGGACUACUAUGAGAAGUCUGGCGAGGGGUUAGAUGACACCUUGGCGGAUUUCUGGGCACAGCUCCUGGAGAGAGCCUUCCCUUUGCUGCACCCACAAUACAGCUUCCCUCCUGACUUCCUGCUCUGCCUUACUCGGCUCACCUCUACUGCCGAUGGCUCUCUGCAGCCCUUCGGGGACUCACCCCGCCGCCUCCGCCUACAGAUAACCCGGGCACUGGUGGCAGCUCGGGCUUUGGUCCAGGGUCUGGAGACUGGAAGAAACGUUGUCAGUGAAGCACUUAAGGUGCCCGUGUUGGAAGGCUGCAGGCAGGCCCUGAUGCGUCUGAUCGGCUGCCCACUUUGUCGGGGAGUCCCCUCGCUUAUGCCCUGCCGGGGCUUCUGUCUCAAUGUGGCCCAUGGCUGCCUCAGCAGCAGGGGACUGGAGCCUGAAUGGGGCGGAUAUCUGGAUGGUCUUCUGCUGUUGGCUGAGAAAGUCCAGGGACCCUUUUCCUUUGAGCUGGCUGCCGAGUCCAUCGGGGUGAAGAUCUCAGAAGGGCUGAUGCACCUGCAGGAGAACAGUGUAAAGGUGUCAGCCAAGCAGCGGGAGGGAAGGCAGCAGCGGGACCCCUCGGGGUGCUGUGUCCUCAGGUAUCUGUCGCCUGUGGUCGUGGGCUCUUUGAACGAGCAGCUCCGCAACCCGGAGUUGGAUACCUCGGGUCCCGAUGUCCCUACGCGGCGGCGGAGGCUGCAUCUCCGAGCGGCUACGGCUCGGAUGAAGGCGGCGGCGCUGGGUCAGGACCUUGACAUGCACGAUGCGGAUGAAGAUGCCAGUGGCUCCGGAGGAGGACAACAGUAUGCUGAUGACUGGAAAGCUGGGGCAGCACCUGUGGUACCCCCAGCCAGACCUCCAAGGCCACCUCGCCCUCCUCGAAGGGAUGGCCUUGGGGUCAAAGGAGGAAGCGGCAGUGCCAGAUAUAACCAGGGCAGAAGCAGGAAUCUGGGAUCAUCUGUUGGGCUCCAUACCCCACUCAUCGUCAUUCUCUUCCCCUCAGCCCUGACCCUGCUCGGACUUCGAUAA